UUUUUUAAAGAGAUUUAUCAGGUCCAUCUUUCACCUGGCUGCAGCUGCCUUGUAGAAAGCGAAGGCACUUUAACUUUGACAGCCUGAAAAGUUUCCUGCCCGUGGACUUGUUUGUCUCCUACUGUCUUUGCCGUUCCCUCUCUUUUUCUUUUAACUCUUUUAGUGAGGGCUGCUUUUGGGUGCUUCGUCAGCUCUGAGGCACGUCAAAUUCGUGUAUUUUGCUUUCAGCAUUGUGUGGGGGAUCCUGGCGGCUGGAACUGCCCCUGGUCCGGGCUUCGGGCUGACUGCGAAAGUUCCUAUUUUCCUCUCCUCCUCUCAUUGGCUCCCGUGAUCACAUGAGGGCGGGGGGUUGGAAUUCUGAGUUGUGGCUUUGGCACUCCUUUUUCUUUUUAAAAAUCGCUGGGUCUGUUGAGCUGUCCUGGGCUGGGUGCCUUGCUCUUUGACUGAGACUGGAGACAGACGGAAACAGCCACAGGCAGACUGAGGUGGCAACAGGAAAUCUGCCGAGAUGUUCAGUCAGGUGCCCAGGACCCCAGCCUCAGGCUGCUACUACCUAAAUUCCAUGACACCUGAGGGCCAGGAGAUGUACUUGCGAUUUGAUCAGACUACGAGACGCUCUCCUUACAGGAUGAGCCGGAUUCUAGCACGCCAUCAGCUAGUGACUAAAAUCCAACAAGAAAUUGAGGCAAAAGAAGCAUGUGACUGGCUCCGUGCUGCCGGGUUCCCACAAUACGCUCAGUUAUACGAGGAUUCACAAUUUCCCAUCAACAUUGUGGCUGUCAAGAAUGAUCAUGAUUUUCUUGAAAAGGACCUUGUAGAACCUCUUUGCAGACGACUAAAUACGUUGAACAAGUGUGCCUCAAUGAAACUUGAUGUGAACUUCCAAAGGAAAAAGGGUGACGACUCCGAUGAGGAAGAUCUUUGUAUCAGCAACAAAUGGACUUUCCAGAGAACCAGUCGCAGGUGGUCUCGUGUGGACGACCUCUACACCCUGCUCCCUCGAGGAGACAGAAAUGGGUCACCCGCAGGCACGGGGAUGAGGAACACGACCAGCAGUGAGAGUGUCCUCACAGACCUGAGCGAGCCUGAGGUCUGCUCCAUUCACAGUGAAAGCAGCGGGGGCAGCGACGGCCGCAGCCAGCCGGGCCAGUGCGGUACCGACAGCCCGGUCAUGCUGGAUGCCCCACUGGUCAGCAGCAGCCUCCCGCAGUCCCCCAGAGACAUCCUCAGCCACCCCUUCCACCCCAAGAAUGAGAAGCCCACCAGGGCCAGGGCCAAAUCAUUUUUGAAACGCAUGGAAACUCUCCGAGGGAAGGGAGCCCAUGGGAGGCAUAAGGGGUCAGGGCGGACAGGUGGCCUGGUGAUCAGCGGGCCCAUGUUGCAGCAGGAGCCAGAGUCCUUUAAGGCCAUGCAGUGCAUCCAGAUUCCAAAUGGAGAUCUCCAGAAUUCGCCGCCACCUGCCUGCAGAAAGGGGCUCCCAUGCUCCAGCAAGUCGAGUGGCGAGAGCAGCCCGUCAGAGCACAGCAGCAGCGGGGUGAGCACGCCCUGCCUGAAGGAACGCAAGUGCCACGGGGCCAACAAGCGCGGGGGCAUGUACUUGGAGGACCUGGAUGUGCUGGCAGGGACAGCACUGCAGGAUGCAGGGGACCAAAGCCGUACGCAUGAGUUUCACUCCCAAGAGAACUUGGUGGUGCAUAUUCCCAAGGAUCACAAACCAGGAACAUUCCCCAAGGCGCUUUCUAUUGAAAGCCUGUCUCCCACAGACAGUAGCAAUGGGGUUAACUGGAGGACCGGUAGCAUCUCCCUGGGCAGACAGCAGGUUCCUUGUGCCAGGGAGUCCAGGCUCAUGGCAUCCUGCCACAGAGCCAGCCGAGUCAGUAUCUAUGACAACGUCCCUGACUCCCAUCUGUAUGCCAGCACAGGAGAUCUUUUGGACUUGGAGAAAGAUGACUUCCUCCCUCACUUGGAUGACAUUCUGCAGCAUGUCAACGGGAUCCGGGAGGUAGUAGAUGACUGGUCCAAAGAUGUUUUGCCUGAACUGCAAACUCAUGAUACGUUGGUUGGGGAACCUGGCCUAUCCCCCUUUCUGCCUCCUAAUCAGAUCACCUUAGAUUUUGAAGGUAACUCUGUCUCAGAAGGUCGGACCACACCCAGUGAUGUGGAAAGAGAUGUAACAUCUCUUAAUGAAUCUGAGGCUCCAGGGGUCAGAGACAGGAGGGAUUCUGGUGUAGGGGCCUCUCUGACCAGGCCAAACAGGCGACUCCGAUGGAACAGUUUCCAGCUGUCUCACCAGCCCCGGCCGGCCCCAGCAUCACCCCACAUCAGCAGCCAGACAGCUGGCCAGCUAAGCCUGCUCCAGCGCUUCUCGCUGCUCCGCCUCACGGCCAUCAUGGAGAAGCACUCCAUGUCCAACAAGCACGGCUGGACAUGGUCAGUUCCAAAGUUCAUGAAGAGGAUGAAAGUUCCCGACUACAAAGACAAGGCUGUCUUUGGCGUUCCUCUCAUCGUCCACGUCCAAAGAACGGGACAGCCCCUGCCUCAGAGUAUUCAGCAAGCACUGAGAUAUCUCCGCAGCAACUGCCUCGAUCAGGUGGGUCUUUUUCGCAAGUCGGGGGUGAAGUCUCGAAUCCAUGCCCUACGCCAAAUGAAUGAGAACUUCCCUGAGAACGUCAGCUAUGAAGACCAGUCUGCUUAUGAUGUGGCGGAUAUGGUGAAGCAGUUCUUCCGGGACCUCCCUGAGCCUCUUUUCACCAACAAGCUCAGCGAGACCUUCCUCCACAUCUAUCAGUAUGUCCCCAAAGAGCAGCGGCUGCAGGCUGUGCAGGCCACCAUCCUGCUACUGGCCGAUGAGAACAGGGAGGUCCUGCAGACGCUCCUGUGUUUCCUGAAUGAUGUCGUCAACUUAGUGGAAGAGAAUCAGAUGACGCCCAUGAACCUGGCAGUGUGUCUGGCCCCCUCCCUCUUUCAUCUUAAUUUAUUGAAGAAAGAAAGCUCUCCACGAGUCAUACAGAAGAAAUAUGCCACCGGGAAGCCAGAUCAAAAGGACCUCAACGAGAAUCUGGCAGCAGCUCAGGGGCUUGCGCACAUGAUCAUGGAAUGCGACAGACUUUUUGAGGUUCCACACGAGUUGGUGGCCCAGUCUCGUAACUCAUAUGUGGAGGCUGAGAUCCACGUGCCAACCCUGAAAGAAUUGGGGACACAGCUGGAGGAGAGUGGGGCAACUUUCCACACUUACCUGAACCAUCUCAUCCAGGGCCUCCAGAAAGAAGCCAAGGAGAAGUUCAAAGGAUGGGUCACGUGUACCAGCACCGACAAUACAGACCUUGCUUUCAAAAAGGUGGGUGACGGGAACCCGCUGAAGCUGUGGAAGGCUUCUGUGGAGGUGGAAGCGCCCCCCUCGGUGGUCCUGAACCGUGUGCUGAGAGAGCGGCACCUUUGGGAUGAGGACUUUGUGCAGUGGAAGGUUGUGGAGAGUCUAGACCGACAAACAGAAAUCUACCAGUACGUGUUGAACAGCAUGGCCCCUCAUCCUUCCAGAGACUUCGUGGUUCUCAGGAUGUGGAAGACGGAUCUGCCCAAAGGAACGUGUACCCUGGUGUCCCUCUCUGUGGAGCACGAGGAAGCCCAGCUCCUGGGUGGCGUGCGAGCGGUGGUGAUGGACUCACAGUACUUGAUAGAACCGUGUGGCUCUGGCAAGUCGAGACUCACUCACAUCUGCAGGAUAGACCUGAAAGGUCACUCCCCAGAAUGGUACAGCAAAGGCUUUGGACAUCUGUGUGCAGCGGAAGUUGCCAGGAUUAGAAACUCUUUCCAGCCCCUCAUUGCUGAGGGCCCAGAAACUAAAAUCUGAGUUUUCCCCAGUGUGACAUCCAACUCAGGGAAGAGGAAACUAAAGUAACACGUAUGGUAGAGAGUGUGCACGUGAGAAAGCAAGAGAAAGAGGAACCGACGGAUGUGGUUAAUGCCUAAAAAUGGAAACGUUAAGAAGCUGGAAUGCUGGAGAUGCAAGAAUUUCCAAGAACUUUCCUAGCCUUCCUGGAGAUGGCUACAUCCCUACUAAUAUAAUUUUAAAGUGAGAACAUUUAUCUAUGUUGCUUAAAAUUAAAUGGAUUAUUCCUUGUGCAUUGCCUAAUUUGCUAUUUAAAGGCUUCUAAGAAGCGUAUACUUAACUGUAAAUAAAUGUAUGUAUAGCAUAUGUACAUAUGUGUGUAUAUCUCCAUCUUUACUGUAUAUAUGUAAAAUACCAAUUUUAUAUAGAAUUGUGUGUUUUGAAAAGGAUGGUGUCUGACUCAGUGAGUCCCGUCCUCACAGAGUUCUUUCCAAGUGGCGCUGGGCCCCAUCUCUCUACUGUCCUGUAAGCUGUGCAGAACCUGCUGCUAACACCAAGGUGUGAACAUGCCCUGAUGUCUAACCAAAGAUUAGCUAACCAAAGGAAAAUAACAUUAAAGGGGACUUACGUGUUGAUGCUUUGUUUCUGUUAUUCAAAAACUGAGAGUGGAAUUCUGGGAUGAAGCAGGGAAAGAAUACUCCUCCUCAAAGCAAAGCAGGGGGUGAGAAGUCAUCACCAAGUUUAAGGCUAGAUGAGGAGUUGCCACUCGGCCCAACGAGAUGCAAUUUCAGUGAGCUACGGACCACUGGAGUCAGUGAGAAUGACGGAAACAGAAGCAAUACCUCCCACUCCCACGCCCACCACUACAGCCCCCAAGUCAAGAUGAAUACGAUAGCCUUUACUUAUUCACAGCCAAAGGGAGCCCCUGUGUUGUCUCAAGUUUUUAUACAUUCAUUUCAUCAUGUUGUUAAGUUGUCGUUCUAUUUGACCAGUGGCCUAUUUGGUCACAGUUAAUUGGUAUUUUCUUAUUGCACUGAAUUCCACUCUGGACACCACAACAUGAAGGGAGAUGAUGGCCAUUCCGUUCAAUUCCUAGAUCAUUACAGCUUCAGGGAAUUCAUAUUUUGCUAUGUGUAGGAUGCUCUUAAAAUGUAAUUCAUUAAACUUUUGCAAUCUGAAAGACAGGGUUUUUAACUAACAACAUAAGACCAAAACUAUAUUCUUUGAUUAGUUUUAGAAAGUAUAAUCUGGUUUAUUAAUUCUUCUCUGUUUCUUCACUAGCCAGUCCAAGCUACCUAUGCAUUUGACCCAACCUUAUUUAUUACUGUACAGACUAAGCAAAUUGACUCCCCUUAGCCACCUGCUAAUGGAUCUAAUGUGCUUCUUAUUGUAAUUCAGCAGUUCUGGAGAGAAAGGUAACUUAUUGUGUGUUUGAUUUCAGGGAGAGAGAUUUUCUUUGGUCAUUUAUAAUAGAGAUUGAUAUGAUUUAGCAACUUGAAUUGGAGGAAAAAAAGAAAAGCAAAUGAGUGUUUUCAGGUUCUUUGUAUUAUAUGCAUUUAUAUAAUGUUUGUUUCUGUUAGCAAUGUGCAAUUAUUUUAUUGAGAGGAAUAAAAACGCUUUCUAUGAGUUUGGUAUGGUGCAAGAAAAAUCAUAGAGUUUGAAUUAUGACCUAGGAAUUUUUUAUUCCCAUAUCUACCUAAGAAGAUAACAGCAAAUCCGUAAUUUUCCAUUUGGGCAAUGCUUUGUGAGCAAAACAAAGUCACUUCUGCCAUAACAUCUUAAAUGAAACCAUGUAUGCCAGAUUAUUUUAUAUGCAUUAACAAGAUCUCUAGUGAAGUUUAAUCUAGCUAAACACUGGUCCUGCUCCAAAGACGGGAUCCGACGUGUUUGGAAAAUGUGAUAAGCACACAAGGAUGAGUGGCUUUGGAUCACCCAGAGAGGUGCUUGUCCAGCUUUCACAUGCACCUGAAUUGCCUGGGGAUCUAGUGAAACUGCAGACUCUGCUCCAGGUAAUCUGGGCUGGCCUGAGAUUCUGCAUUUGUAAGGAGUCUCAGGGAUGCCUGUGCUGCUGGCCUAAAACCACACUCAGAAACAAGGACCUAGAAGAUCCCUAAAAUAGAAUAAAAACAAAUGUGAUUGUAUUUCUGACUCUCCCUCUCUUCAAAUUACCUUUUUGGUUUUUGUGCACAAAGUAAUCACACCACCGCUGCAUAACAACACGGUGCAUCUUUUUAAAAAAAGGAAAAGGGAAAGAAAGGAGAAAAAAACCAUGCAUCAAGCUUAUUUGUCAAAUACCACAGUAUUUUAUUCAUUGUUAUCUUGCCAAUGGAAAUAAAGUAUGAUAUUGCAUUUAAAUAUUAUAUUUAUACCUCAUGUAUAUUUUUACCUCAAUUGUUGGCAUCAAUCAUCAAUUGUAAAUAAAUAAUUGCCAGGGCAAAUAAAUUUAUAUAUAUAUUAAAUAUU